UGCAAAACAGGGGGGUCCGUAGCCUGGUGUCUGUUAUAAUGUACAAGAUUGUGUCACGUUUGAGGGGUCCGCAUGUGGGCCUGGCAAGCGAGUCGCGCGGUUUGGUGGAACUGCACGGUGCAUCAUGUCAAACGUCAGCCUUUAAGUGUCCACACCCAGAUAUCCCAGAGAUGCCCCACUGUGAUUUCAAACCAGUCGAAUACAAGGACAUGUCUAAAGAACAGAUGAUGGCGAUUCGCAGGAAGAACUGCCAUCCCAUGACCAUGAAGGUGACCUACUAUAAGAAACCAGUCUACAUCCAUCAGGGAUACAUGCAGUGGUUAUGGGACGUGGAUGGCAAGCGAUACUUGGACCUUUUUGCUGGUGUGGCCACUGUCAGUGUAGGGCACUGCCACCCAAAGGUGACGGCAGCUGCAGAAAAGCAGUUGAGGCGACUGUGGCACACGACUAACAUUUACGUCUACCCGUCUCUCCACGAGUACUGUGAGAAACUAGUUUCCCUCUUUCCAGAUCCUCUCAAGGUGGUGUACCUUACCAACAGUGGCUCGGAAGCCAAUGACCUUGCUAUGCUAAUGGCCAGACUUCACACUGGAAACUAUGACAUCAUUAAUUUAAGGGGAUCGUAUCAUGGUGGAAGUCCACAAACAAUGGCUCUGACCUCCAACUCAGCAUAUAAGUACCCUGUUGCCAGUGGUUUAGGCUGCACCAACACCAUGUGUCCCGAUGUAUUCAGAGGUCCUUGGGGAGGAAACCACUGCAGGGACUCUCCAGUACAGACCAUCAGAGACUGUGGCUGUGCAAAAGGUCAUUGUAUGGCCAACGAUCAAUACAUCGAGCAGCUCAAAGAGACGCUUGUAACCAGUGUCCCAAGUCGAAUUGCUGCUUUUUUCGGAGAGCCAAUUCAGGGGGUCGGAGGAGCUGUGCAAUACCCCAGAAACUACCUAAAGGAGGCUUACAAACUUGUAAGGGAGCGAGGUGGAGUCUGCAUUGCUGAUGAGGUCCAGACUGGAUUCGGGCGAACAGGAAGUCACUUCUGGGGUUUCCAAGGUCACGAUGUAAUUCCUGAUAUGGUCACUAUGGCGAAAGGCAUUGCUAAUGGGUACCCUAUGGGAGCGGUCGUCACAACGCCAGAAAUUGCUGCAUCUUUUGCCAAGGGAGUUCACUUCAACACCUUUGGAGGAAAUCCUGUAGCUUGUGCCAUUGCUUCAUCUGUACUAGACACUAUCGAAGAGGAUGGUACCCAGCAGAUCAGCAACGAUGUGGGCAACCAUCUGUUAACGGAGCUGGCCAAACUCAGAGAGAAGUACGAGAUUAUUGGAGAUGUGCGGGGCAAAGGACUUCAGAUUGGUGUGGAAAUGGUCAAAGACAAGGCGAGCAGAGCUCCUCUGCCUCCAGAGGCCAUGGGUGAGAUCUUUGAAGACACCAAGGAAAUGGGAGUCCUCAUAGGGAAGGGAGGAUUAUAUGGACAGACCUUCCGGAUCAAGCCCCCCAUGUGCAUCACAACGGAGGAUGCUGAUUACUUUCUGGCAGUUUUCAACAAGGCCAUUCAAAACUUCAUGGACAGAAGAUAAGUUGUUGGUCUUGGAUGCACCACGACAAAAGAAAG